CAGUAGAGCGGUGUAAAAGAAAAUUAUUGUUUCUGCUGUAGAGACGCAGAAGUGUUUACGUUCGACAAUGAGUGGAAGAGGCAAAACCGGCGGUAAGACCAGAGCGAAGGCUAAGACUCGCUCCUCCAGAGCAGGGCUGCAGUUCCCCGUCGGUCGUGUUCACAGGCUUCUCCGCAAAGGAAACUACGCCGAGCGCGUCGGUGCCGGUGCUCCGGUUUAUCUGGCCGCUGUGCUCGAGUAUCUGACGGCUGAGAUCCUGGAGUUGGCUGGAAACGCCGCUCGGGACAACAAGAAGACCCGUAUCAUCCCCCGUCACCUGCAGCUGGCGGUGCGCAACGACGAGGAGCUGAACAAACUCCUGGGCCGAGUGACCAUCGCUCAGGGCGGCGUGCUGCCCAACAUCCAGGCCGUGCUGCUGCCCAAGAAGACCGAGAAAGCCGCAAAGUCCAAAUAAACAGAUUGUGUGAAACCAAAAGGCUCUUUUAAGAGCCACCCAUUUUAUCUACCAGAGAGCGUUUUUCUGUUAGUCUGUUUUAUCAGGAUACAAUAAAAAUAAAAACUUUUUAGUCAAACUGUAUCUUGAGUUUAGGUAAUUGUAAAUGGAAUUACCAGAUGGAUAAUACUUUGCACAGCCAUUUCA